GGGAAGCCUCUCCCACCCGGUGCAACCUCAGCGCCCGGCGCUGGCUCGCCAGCUGUUUGUAGGCCUGGGUGAGGGGUGGGGGUCCGUGGAGGAUAGAGCCGCCCGCGGCCCAGCUUGUCCCUCAGGCUAGGACCAGCCGCAGGGCGGGCGACUCCGGGGCGGCUGCCCGUGCUUCCGACUGACAAGCACUGUUCCCAUAGCCCGCGCUGCCCGCCACGUCCCUGGUCUCGGCCGCCGGCGCUGCGCGGCGGGUGACCUCUCCGAGCCCCGCGCGAUGACGGCGCCCUGCUGCCGGCUGGCCCGGCUUCCUCCGCGCCGCCGGCUCCGGCUCGUGCUGUUCCCGCCGCCGCUGCUGUUGUUGCUGCUGGCGGCCGCGGGGCCGGCGCGCGGCUGGGAGAGCGGAGACCUGGAGUUGUUUGACUUGGUGGAGGAGGUGCAGCUCAACUUCUACCAGUUCCUCGGGGUGCAGCAGGAUGCUUCAUCUGCAGACAUUAGAAAAGCAUAUCGUAAGCUUUCACUAACUUUGCAUCCAGACAAGAAUAAAGAUGAAAAUGCAGAAACUCAGUUUAGACAAUUGGUGGCCAUUUAUGAAGUUUUAAAGGAUGAUGAACGAAGGCAGAGGUAUGAUGAUAUUCUGAUCAAUGGACUUCCAGAUUGGCGACAGCCUGUUUUCUACUACAGGCGGGUGAGAAAAAUGAGCAAUGCUGAGCUGGCAUUACUUUUGUUCAUUAUUCUCACAGUGGGUCAUUAUGCUGUGGUUUGGUCAAUCUACCUGGAAAAACAACUGGAUGAACUGCUUAGUAGAAAAAAGAGAGAAAAGAAAAAAAAGACAGGCGGGAAGACUGUGGAUGGAUCAAAACUUGGUGCUUCAGAAAAAAAUGAAAGAUUACUGGUGAAACCACAAUGGCAUGAUUUGCUCCCCUGCAAGCUGGGAAUUUGGUUUUGCCUUACACUAAAAGCAUUGCCUCAUCUAAUCCAGGAUGCUGGGCAGUUUUAUGCUAAAUAUAAAGAAACAAGAUUGAAGGAAAAGGAAGAUGCAUUGACUAGAGCUGAACUUGAAACACUUCAAAAGCAGAAGAAAGUUAAAGUAAAAAAACCAAAACCUGAAUUUCCUGUAUAUAUGCCUUUAGAAAGUACAUAUAUUCAAUCUUAUGAUCAUGGAACUUCUAUAGAAGAAAUUGAGGAACAAAUGGAUGAUUGGCUGGAAAACAGGAACAGAACACAGAAAAAACAGGCACCUGAAUGGACAGAAGAGGACCUCAGCCAGCUGACAAGAAGUAUGGUUAAGUUCCCAGGAGGAACCCCAGGUCGAUGGGAAAAGAUUGCCCACGAAUUGGGUCGAUCGGUGACAGAUGUGACAACCAAAGCCAAGCAACUGAAGGAUUCAGUUUCCUGCUCCCCAGGGAUGGUCAGACUCUCCGAACUCAGAUCCACAGCCCAGAAUUCCAGGCCCCCCAAGGCCGCCGCGACCUUGCCGGACGACAUCAUCACCCAGCGGGAGGAGGCCAAGCAGUCCGGAGAGCGGGAGGAGGAGGAGGAGGAGGAGGACGGCGAGGAGGAGGCCGAGCCGGAGGCCGUGGAGGAGAGCCGGCCUCGGAGGCGGAGGCCAGCCCGGCCGCCCGAGCCGGAGGAGAAGGUCCGGGGAAAGAGGCAGAAGGACUUCGACAUGUCGGAACAGCACGAGUCCAGCGACGACGAGAGCCAGAAGAGAGAGCGAGAGCGAGCGCGAGCCGCGGAGGAGCCCUGGACUCAGAACCAACAGAAACUUCUGGAGCUAGCAUUACAGCAGUACCCAAAGGGAUCCUCUGACCGCUGGGACAAAAUAGCCAAGUGUGUCCCGUCCAAGAGUAAGGAAGACUGUAUCGCUAGAUACAAGCUGCUGGUUGAACUGGUCCAAAAGAAGAAACAAGCUAAAAGCUGAAUCUUCUGGAAGAUGAUGUUUACCUUAUUUUCCAAAAGGAUUAUUUUAAAAAUCUUAUGCAGAAAUUUGCAUUUUGUACCUCACUAUUUCUAUACGUCACGUGCCUUAGUAAAAAAAAUUAAAAAUGUAAAAUAAA